GGGGGCUUAAGGGUAAACACACAGAAGAGAGAGAGAGGACGAGAGAGGUGGGGGGAAAGAGAGAGAGAAAGAGAGAGAGAGGGGGGAAAAGAGAGAGAAAGACUAAAAUCCACCAAGCCUCCCUGGUGUGAGGUUUCUUGGCUACUGACGUGUGCGCACGACUCUCGUGGCAGGAUGAGUUCGUGCAGCAGCCGUGCGUUGACCAUCCUGUCCACAGUGUUCGGAGCCUGCGGGCUGCUGCUGGUGGGGGUGGCCGUGUCCACAGACUACUGGCUGAUCAUGGUGGAGGGCAUCAUCCUGCAGCAGAACCAGAGCAUGGAGGUGAAGAUGGCGCUGCAUUCAGGCCUCUGGAGAGUAUGCUUCGUGGCUGGAUCAGAAAAUGGGAGAUGUGUUGCAUCAGAGUACUUCACCGAACCCGACAUAGAGAUCACCACUGAAAACACUGCAAACAUCCUAAAGAUGGUGCGUACAGCCACACCCUUUCCGAUGGUGUCGCUGCUCUUUGUCUUCACGGCCUUCGUCAUCAGUAACAUCGGACACAUCCGGCCUCAGCGCACCAUCCUGGCCUUUGUGUCCGGCAUCUUCUUUAUCCUCUCAGGCCUCAGUCUGGUGGUGGGACUUGUGCUCUACAUCUCCAGCAUUAAUGACGAGGUGAUGAACCGGCCCAGGGAGCCCGAGCAGUUCUUCAACUACUACUACGGCUGGUCCUUCGCCUUCGCUGCCUCUUCCUUCUUACUCAAAGAGGGGGCCGGGGUGAUGUCAGUCUAUCUGUUUAUGAAGCGUUACGCCGAGGAGGAGAUGUACCGCCCUCACCCUGCUCUCUACCACCCCCGCCUGUCCGAGAGCAGUGACUACAGCGGCCAGUUCCUUCACCCAGAAUCCUCCUGGCCCCCGCCGAAGCGAGGCCGAAGCACCUCCGAGGCCUCCAGUGACAUCUCCAUCCAGCUCAACCAGGCGCCGCCAGCGCCGACCAAGAGCAACCUCCAAGCAGGCAUCCAGGGAAGCCCACCCUCUGGUUCCUCCUCUGCAGGGAGCUACCAAAUGCCCCCUCAGUCCGCUGGCUACCCCUCCACACACACCCUGCCCAGGUCGCACUCUUCACAUCCUCAAGGCCAGGCUCUUCCCAUGGCCAUGCCUCCAUCACCUGUUCCUCCCCCUCACUAUCACACACACAUGCAAAUGAGCGCCUCCCCCUGUUAGGAAGAGGGAGCAUCGGGGAGGGAAGGAGGGACAGACUCCUCAUAAUCAUGUAAAAUGUACAUUUAGAUGUGGAUGAGAGUUAAUGCUGAUGGAGGAGGGAAAGAAAAUAUAGCUUUGGAGCAGUAUGAAGCAAGAACAAAAGAAGUUUGGGAGAUUAUAAAGGAAUAUUUUACAUCACUGCUGUGAUUUUACAGAAACGGUGAUGGACAGUGAGAAACAGAAAAAGACAAAUAUGGGGGAAGAAAUCAAGGAGUUCAGUUUGUCAUGAAGGAAAAAGGGACAAAAGUGUUUCCUAAAAAGACUUUAGAGGUUAGGCUGAGUGACAGAGGAAAUACAGGGGAGAGAGAGUGAGGCAGGGAGAGAGAGAGAGAGCAGGAGCUGCGGUAUAAUACGAAGACACUGCAGUGCUGCGGGAAAUUUGUAUGCACUUGGAAAUGUACAAUGCAAAACACUGAUCACAAAGACUGAGGAUACACAUAGUUUUAUACAUACAUAAUUCAUGAAGUACAUGGAUGAUGUACCUUUUUACUAAAAGGUAAAUGUGGUUAAAUAUUCUUGUCUUCUCUGAAUUUCUUACAUCAUCAAUCCAGUUUCAUGGCUCACAAUGUCAAAGUAAGAUUAUAAUAUUAUGAAUUAAAAUGUAUUAGUUAAUGAUAAGAGUAAUUCUGAAAUGAGAGCGCUUUGUGUGAAUGUUGUUUAACAUUCGUGAAACAAAAUGCAGAGAGAAGUGGAUGAUGUUCUGAAAUAUCAUGAGGAGAAAUCAACUUUAUGUUUUACAUAUUUCUUUAAGAAACAAAUUUCUAACUUCUUGUACAUAAAAUUGCACAUGAGGACUUCGAUAUAGCUGUUGUAGUUUAUGAAUGAAACUUUGGCACAAGUCACAUCAAGACGAUAUCUGACUCAUUCUGCUUUGGAUGAAGACGCUGCAACGGGCACACUACAACCAACAACACACCCCCUGGGUGCAGUGCAUGCUGGUUUGAAGGAGGAACCACACGACACUGAUACAGAGGUCUGAUGCCCUCUACUGGCCACUGUUUUGCACCGACCCUGGACCAGCCCUGGGUCUAGUUCACUACUUUUUCACGCACCCUUCCCUCCUCACUGACCUGCACUGUGUGUCAAUAGAUGGUGCAGCACAGAGGGGACGGACUGAAGCUGUGGUCUGUCCAGAGGUGGAGUUGCAGUGAAUGUCAGGAGCGACAAUAUAUUUUGAGCUGUACAUGGAUCUUUAAAUGCUUUACAGAGUUAUUAGAAGUAUUUUUUAAAGCUCAAAUGCUGUUUAUAUAUCUGGAAAUCUCACAUGAUGAAAGUAUUAAUUACAUUUGCACUUAAGGCUCAACGAAUACCACUGUUUGUGAAAUGCAGGUCCUCUAGUUUUGAAAUUAUAUAUCAUUAUCAGAGGCCACGACUUUAUUCCAACAUAUUUGGCGGCCACUUGUGAGAGUGCAUCAUGCCAUAUACUUUUUAUAGGGUAUGAAAAAAAUAUGUUUUGAAAAUGUGAUCUGAACCAUCUUGUGUUUAGGGCUGCAAGUGUUGAUUGUUUCCAUCAAGGGCUAAUUAUUUUUCGUGAUUUAUUGCUCUCUUUUUGUCAUUUAUAAGCAGGAUAUAAACAUUUCAUGAAUAGUUCAUAACACACCAUAAUGUAGUUAUAAGCAGAAGUGUUUAUUCCUAUAUUUGUCAACAACUAUAACUCUUCCUGUCGGCAUCCAACAUUUAUUAAAUGUUGUUAUGCUGCUUUUAAAUAAGGGGGAAACCUCUAAAAACCCAAAAGUCUUCAGUUUAACAUCAUAUAUGAUAAAUAAAAGCGUGGAAUCUUCACAUCUGAGAAACUGGAACCAGGGGCUGUUUGGCAUUUUGCUCGAAAACUGAGAGUGAAAUUUGUUUUUCCAUUCGUGUUCUCAUAUAUCGUUGCAGCUCUGAAUGUGUGACUUGAAGAGGUUUCUCCAUGUACAAACUUUCUGUGUCGUAGCAUUUCCUUCAGGCAUCGCAGUGUAGCAGGUUGUAUCAUAGGGAACUGCAGGAGGUUCUGAGCCAAUGUUAUAAAUGCAUUUUAGCCAGAGACGGCUAUAUUGUGGUGUUGUUUAGAAAGUAAUGUAUAAUUUCAGAUGCUCUUGUAAUGUAGUGUCCCGGUUAAGCUGCUCAAAUACUGUGCAGUGUGUCAAAGGUGCGGAAUAAUAAUUAUCAAGAAAAGAAGGACCUGCGUGUCAAAAAACAGUGGUAUUUUAAUUUAGAAUAUUUAUAUUGUGUUUGCUUGUUUUUAAAGGCACAACAUGCAUAGGGAUAUGUUGAUAAGAUGUAUCUCUGUAAUGAGAAUCAAACCACCGUGUCAUUGUGUAAUGGCUGGUUUUCAUUAUCACUGUGAUGCUGGAGAGAGGGAAACACAGUGAUGUUCUACAGAUGACGUGUGGUGUGGAAAUUGUAAAGACUUACAGGGGAACAUGUGAAGUAAGAUCACUGAGAUAUCAUCUUUUUUUUUUCUUUUUGGCAGGGCUUUGUUCAUCAUGCAUGCGGUUUUUCAACACCGCCCUGCUUUUUGUUUAUGCAGCUGCAAAAAAUUCAUAUUGAGGUGAAGCCCAGUGUGACUGCAGCCUUCUGCUGUGGGUUCAGCUGUUACAGUUAGGGGGUUAAGUGCCUUGCUCAAGGGCACCUCAGCAGUAGCUGUUGAAGAAGAUCAAAGUAUUUCCCUGUCCAGAUUUUACCUGCCAUUAGGCAUUCUGCUUAAAAGUCCACCUCUAACCUUUAGACUACUGCCGACCCCGUCGUGACCUUUGUGACUGUGGACAGCUGUGAAGCAUUUCUGUUCUGUUCUUUUAUCCUUUUACAUAUAACUUUGCUUUGUAAUAAUGGAACCAUUCGAUAAUCAUUUGGUGCCUCUUAAACUGCAGCCGUUCUUUUCUUUUUCAUCUCUGUACCUCUUUGUUUUUCCCUCUCUACCCGCAGCCUUUUUCUUUGCCGCUACAUGAUUAUAUAAAAGGGUGUAGCUGUGCUUGCUUCUGCAGAAAGCCUAGUCUUCUUGCACAUGUCCAUCUUUGUUAAGAAAAAAAAGGGAUAAAACAAAUGCUUUUCAAUGCUUCAAUGGAACCAAUGCUGUAUAAUCUGGAGUUACAUAAUUCAAUAGAAAUUGUAAUAAGAUCACUGUUCUUGAAAGUGUUGACGUCUGUCACUCACUUUCCUCUGAUAUACAUGAAUUAAACUUUUAA